UUGUCUUUUGGCCACAAAAUAUAAUGCUUAAUAGUGACACAAACACAACCCAUCUAUAAAUCCAUCUUUUCUAUUUCACUUUCUUAUUACUACUACUACUAUUACAACAACAACAGCUUGCACAGACUAGGGUUGUCUUGUUUCUUCAUAGAGAGGGAAUCUUUUGAGUUUUUGGAGAGGUUGCAAUGGAGGGCAAAGAGGAGGAUGUUAAGCUCGGAGCUAACAAGUUCGCUGAGAGGCAGCCGAUUGGGACGUCAGCUCAGACUGACAAAGACUACAAGGAGCCACCACCAGCUCCACUGUUUGAGCCUGGUGAGCUCAGGUCAUGGUCUUUCUACAGAGCUGGUAUUGCUGAGUUUAUGGCCACCUUUUUGUUCCUUUACAUCACUAUAUUGACUGUCAUGGGCGUCUCUAAGUCCAACACCAAGUGUACCACAGUUGGUAUCCAAGGUAUUGCUUGGGCCUUUGGUGGUAUGAUCUUUGCCCUUGUUUACUGCACUGCGGGUAUAUCAGGAGGACACAUCAACCCAGCUGUGACUUUCGGUCUACUUUUGGCUAGGAAGCUAUCCCUCACGAGGGCUGUUUUCUACAUGAUCAUGCAAUGCCUCGGUGCCAUCUGUGGUGCUGGUGUUGUGAAGGGCUUUGAAGGUUCUGGAAACUAUGAAAGGUUGCGUGGUGGAGCCAACUUUGUGAACCAUGGCUACACCAAGGGUGAUGGUCUUGGUGCUGAGAUUGUUGGCACCUUUCUUCUUGUCUACACUGUCUUCUCUGCAACUGAUGCCAAGAGAAAUGCCAGAGACUCUCAUGUCCCUAUUCUGGCUCCUCUCCCCAUCGGGUUCGCAGUGUUCUUGGUCCAUUUGGCCACCAUCCCAAUUACCGGCACUGGCAUCAACCCAGCCAGGAGUCUUGGAGCUGCCAUCAUCUUCAACAAAGAUCUUGCAUGGGAUGACCAGUGGAUCUUCUGGGUCGGACCUUUCAUUGGAGCUGCACUGGCGGCUGUGUACCACCAGAUAGUCAUCAGGGCAAUUCCUUUCAAGAGCAGGGGUUAAGUUUGUCGUCCUAUGUAAUUUGUCAGCUUCAUUUUCUCGUGGUGUUGUGUGUGUGUUUUGUGCAUUUGGUUGUGUUCAGAGACGUGUGUAAAUUAUCUAGUACUGCUGUAUUAAGGUUGUGACUAUCUCAAUGGAUUCUUUUUAAGUUUUUAAUUUAUUUUCUGUUUUUCUCUUGGGUUCCCUUCCUUGGCAACAUUAUUGCCUAAUGAGUAUUCAAACUAAAUUUGAAUUAAAUGUUCAAAGCUCUAGUUUGACAA